ACAGGUUUCUCGCUGCUUAGCUGGUCUCACCUGGUGAUCACUUACUGAAAGGAGAAAUCUGCCCUUUCGGGGUGAGCUGUGCCUUUAACCCCUUUGGCCGGCUCUUCCUGGGAGGUGAGCGCGGCGCGCUGCAGUGUCUGGGAGCCCACCUAGAGGGCCCCCUUUGACGCCAGCACAUCCCUGGCCGGGCGGCAGCCUCUGCAGCCGAGCGGGCUGCUGCAGAGUUAAUGUACAGUACCACGGAGCCUGCAAGUGUCCUGAGCUGUUCAGAGCCGGCUGGCGGGCACAGCCCGGGGCAGACGAGGCGGCUGCGACGAUUCCAAAGGUUCUGCUGGAAAUUCGGCGCUGGGGGACCCCAGUGGGAGCCUGUUGCCAUUGUGUUUUAAAAGCAUGCAAGGUCUGUAUAGCUCGGGCGUGAGAAUCUUUCAGAAGCUGUCAGAGCAUCCGAGUAAAUGACACCUACUGGGAAAUUGAAUUGGGGGUAAAAAAGAGAGAGAAGAGAGGAGAAAGACAGCGGGGGGGUUAGAAAUUCUUAGACAACGUCUGAGUUGCAGCUGUGAAAAUUCAUUUUCUUUCCAAGACAAAAUAUGAAAAGCCCGCACAUGGGUUUGAUAACAGCAAAUUAGAGGGGUUUCUGCAGGGAGAGGAUCAAUAGCUUAGUCAUUUGACUGAAAGAGAGCAGGCAGCCUUAUUAUGGGGCUUGGCAGCAGAAAUGAAUGUUCUCCUGACAGCACCUUCUGAAGUCAUGAUGGGAGCUCCUGGUGAUCCUUGCCUUCCUACUUUUGCAGUUGAAAACCAGCCAUUCUGAGACGGGGAGAGAAGUUGGCUUUUGGUUAUACAUGGUUGCUAGCCCCUCUGCCCAGGUCUUUGUCCGACACGUCUCAGAAGGCAGCACUGCGUUAAAGUGACCACACAUGAAUAUGUGCCUCAGAAAGAAGAAAAAGCAAUAUUCAUUUCUAAAGGACAGCAUGGCCAAGCAACCUGAAGUUUUCCAUUUCCCUUCUAACACUUCUUUAACAAGGAUAACAAGAAACUGUCUUUUGACUCCUUUUUUCCCACAUUCCAGAGUCCUUCCUGCAAAGAUGCAUUAAUUCCACUCCAGGCAGUUGGAUUUUACUGGGACAAUAUUUGCCACCAUUUAGGAUUAGCGAUUGAACUGGUUAUUUAGUAAGUUGACUAAACUACUGGAACCUAAAUGGGUGGACCCAUGCCUGCAGUGCUCUGUGAUGUUUCUUUCUUCAAACCCUGGAAGGGCUUUUGUUGUUGCUCUUUGUUUUUUGGGGGGGAUUUUUUUGGAAUUCAAUACUUGUUGCAAUAAUUGCCCAUGAUAGCUGCUCAAACAGGAGAGUUGGAAUUCAUCUUUGAAAAUCACUACAUGUAACAUACAAGACAAGGAAAAUAUUAAUGACGGAAGAUCUGCCAACAUGAUGCAUGUGAAUAAUUUCCCCUUUAGAAGGCAUUCCUGGAUAUGUUUCGAUGUGGACAAUGGCACAUCUUCAGGGCGGAGUCCCUUGGAUCCCAUGACCAGCCCGGGAUCUGGCCUGAUUCUCCAAGCAAACUUUGUCCACAGUCAGCGUCGGGAGUCCUUCCUGUACCGCUCCGACAGCGAUUAUGACCUCUCGCCAAAGUCCAUGUCCCGGAACUCCUCCAUUGCCAGUGACAUACAUGGAGAUGACCUGAUUGUGACUCCCUUUGCACAGGUCUUGGCCAGCCUGAGAACUGUACGAAACAACUUUGCUGCAUUGACUAAUUUGCAAGACCGAGCACCUAGCAAAAGAUCACCCAUGUGCAACCAACCAUCCAUCAACAAAGCCACCCUAACAGAGGAGGCCUACCAGAAACUGGCCAGCGAGACCCUGGAGGAGCUGGACUGGUGUCUGGACCAGCUAGAGACCCUACAGACCAGGCACUCCGUCAGUGAGAUGGCCUCCAAUAAGUUUAAAAGGAUGCUUAAUCGAGAGCUCACCCAUCUCUCUGAAAUGAGUCGGUCUGGAAAUCAAGUGUCAGAGUAUAUAUCAAACACAUUCUUAGAUAAGCAACAUGAAGUGGAAAUUCCUUCUCCAACUCAGAAGGAAAAGGAGAAAAAGAAAAGGCCAAUGUCUCAGAUCAGUGGGGUCAAGAAGUUGAUGCACAGCUCCAGUUUGACCAAUUCAAGCAUCCCAAGGUUUGGGGUCAAAACUGAACAAGAAGACGUCCUUGCCAAGGAACUAGAAGAUGUGAACAAAUGGGGUCUUCAUGUUUUCAGAAUAGCAGAGUUGUCUGGGAACCGACCUUUGACUGUUAUCAUGCACACCAUUUUUCAGGAACGGGAUUUAUUAAAAACAUUUAAAAUUCCAGUAGACACUUUAAUUACAUACCUAAUGACCCUGGAAGAUCAUUACCACGCUGAUGUGGCCUACCACAAUAAUAUUCACGCUGCAGAUGUCGUCCAGUCAACGCACGUGCUGUUGUCUACACCUGCUUUAGAGGCUGUGUUUACAGAUUUGGAGAUUCUUGCAGCAAUUUUUGCCAGUGCAAUCCAUGACGUUGAUCAUCCUGGUGUGUCCAAUCAGUUUCUGAUCAAUACAAACUCUGAACUUGCCUUGAUGUACAAUGAUUCUUCUGUCCUGGAGAACCAUCAUUUGGCCGUGGGCUUUAAGUUGCUUCAGGAAGAAAACUGUGACAUUUUCCAGAAUUUGACCAAAAAGCAAAGACAAUCAUUAAGGAAGAUGGUCAUUGACAUUGUACUUGCCACAGACAUGUCAAAGCACAUGAAUCUACUGGCCGAUUUGAAAACUAUGGUUGAAACUAAGAAAGUGACGAGUUCUGGAGUUCUUCUUCUUGAUAAUUAUUCUGAUAGGAUCCAGGUCCUUCAGAACAUGGUGCAUUGUGCCGACCUGAGCAACCCCACCAAGCCUCUCCAGCUGUACCGCCAGUGGACGGACCGCAUCAUGGAGGAGUUCUUCCGCCAAGGGGACCGAGAGAGGGAGCGGGGCAUGGAGAUAAGCCCCAUGUGUGACAAGCACAACGCAUCUGUGGAAAAAUCACAGGUGGGCUUCAUAGACUAUAUCGUUCAUCCUCUAUGGGAGACGUGGGCAGACCUGGUCCAUCCUGACGCCCAGGACAUUUUGGACACUUUGGAGGACAAUCGCGAGUGGUACCAGAGCACAAUUCCUCAGAGCCCCUCCCCAGCGCCCGAUGACCAGGAGGAGGGCAGGCAGGGUCAGACAGAGAAGUUCCAGUUCGAACUGACUUUAGAGGAAGACGGCGAGUCAGACACCGAGAAGGACAGUGGAAGUCAAGUUGAGGAAGACACUAGCUGCAGCGACUCCAAGACGCUGUGCACUCAGGACUCGGAGUCCACCGAGAUCCCCCUGGACGAGCAGGGGGAAGAGGAGGCCGUGGCGGACGACGAGGAGAGCCAGCCCGAGGCCUGUGUCAUCGGGGACCCCUCCCCAGACACGUAACAGGGCCCAGACUUCCAUCCCUUUUGUUUGUGUUUUUUGUUUUUUUAAGUAGAAACGUUGUUUCCAAAGUGCAUGUCACAUGCCACAACCACGGUCACACCUCACUGUCAUCUGCCAGGAUGUUUGUGGAACAAAACUGACCUUGACGACUCAGUCUGGCGCUCAGGAAUAUUGUCACCAGUUUUUUCACCUCCAUGUCAUCAGAACGAGAGGGACAUCUUCAUGGACAGCAUUGUCACAGGUCUGCGGCUCCAUCAAGCUGAAGAAGCCGAGAAAAAUCAACUCUUAAGUGUUUUCUAGGGAGUGUGGCUCAUUGGGCAGCCCCAAGUUAAGAUGAUUUGGGGUUUUCUUUUCUUUUUAUUUGUUUGCAAUAUUUUCAGCAGAAAGAAGGCAUUAUUACAUGGAUGCAGUGAACAGAUGGGUGAAGCAACGAAUGGGUCAGGAACAGGACAUAGUGUGAAGCUGUUACCAGGAAAAAGAUGAGCCACAGAAAUUGCAUAAUUUUCUAAUUUCAAGUCUUCCUGAUACCUGACUGAAUAGUGUGGUUCGGUGAGCUGCACUGACCUCUACAUUUUGUAUGAUAUGUAAAACAGAUUUUUUGUAGAGCUUACUUUUAUUAUUAAAUGUAUUGAGGUAUUAUAUUUAAAAAACUACAUUCAGAACUUCAUCUGCCACUGGUUAUUUUUUUCUAAGGAGUAACUUGCAAGUUUUCAGUACAAAUCUGUGCUACACUGGAUAAACCUAAUUUACAAAUUUUACUUGCACCUUAGACUUCAUAGCAAUUAACUGAUUUGUAGUGACCCAUUGUUUUAUAUACCAAUGACUUCCAUAUUUUAAAAACAAAAAUUGACUUUAUGUUGCAGGAAACCCUUUUUGUAGGUCUUCAUUUACUGGCUUUUCAUUUUGGUCUAUUCAGACACGCAGAGUUGCUCCCCACUGACAUUUUUCUUCACCGUGUGCAAAGUGAACACGUGUUCCAUAAUACUCUGAUGUGUGUUCUGUCUAAUGUAUCUCAAGCCUCGUGGACACUCAGUCAUCAGUUGGUAUUAUCUGAAGCAAGUGGGAGAUAUAUAAAUACCCAGUAGCUAAAAUGGUCAGUCUUUUUUAGAUAUUUUCCCACUUAGUGUCUUCUGAUAACUUUUUGCUGUGGUGGUAGACCCUCAUUUCACAAAUGCAUGUCUUUGUAAUAACCCACACAUUUCAUGCUCAUUUUUAUUAUUUUCACAGUCAGUUAUAGUAAGAAAACCUUUUUCCCCUUGUGCUGCUUCAUUAUUCAGUGUGUGUUUGAACCUCUGUCCACAUUUACUACGUGGGGUCUUAUCAAAUAUAUCACCACCAUUCUGAUGGAUGCAAAGAACAGGUAGUCAAGUUAGAGUUAGCAUUCUUUUCUGCCGUGAGGUCGUAUAUAAUGACUAGCUUUUACUUUUGAUUUACAAAGAAAAGUUAAUGGCUAGGUAGGUAAUUUUUAACAAUAUUAGUAGAAUAUAUUAAUGAACACCAGUACAAUGAAUGCUCUUUUGUUUCUAUGAUUUCACCAUGGGAUUAAGAACUGUAUGAGGAAUAUUCCUGAGAAGUGAUUUUAAGUGUAGCAAUGCCUCUUCCUUAAAGGACAGCCACAUAACACAUAAUAGCAUUUCUUGCUUUAUCAGUUAUCAUUGAUCCAGAAGUACAUCUAGUGGAGGAGAACUUUAAAUACGCUGAUAAAAAGAAGUUGAUGGUGCCCCUAGCACCAGAGAUUUGGUGGUGUGAUGCCGUUUUAAAUGACUCAGUUGGGUAAGAAGAUUCUGACUAAAUCAAACAGUAGAGAUCACUCUUGGCUGAAUUUAGCAUCAAGAAUUGUAUUGCAAUUUUAGAGAUUGAUUCCCAGUAUUUACCUUUAAUUGGCGUCUUGGGGCAUUUAUUUAGUCUGGACUUUCUUCCCAUUUCAGCUCUUAAAAAAUGUUUACCUUCUCUGUGAAGAGCUUGGAGCCCAAAUAAUCAUUUUUCACAGUGAUAUCCAAGAACUCAAGUAGAGACUAAAGGAAUAUCUGACCAAACAGAAAAUAGAACAGUAAAUGGAAUUGUAAUCCUGAAAAAUGUUUAUAUUGGGGAUGUCUCAAUCACUAAAUCAUCAGCCAGGGAAAUGACCCAAGCUGAAGAUACUAUUUUAAUCCCCUGAGAGCCACUGUUGGUUAGAAACAUUGAUAGAAAAAUUAGGUAGCUGUGAACUUCGACAUAGAGCUCAAGACAGGAAUUGACCAAUUAAUUAUCAGAUUCCCCUGUAAAAUUCAGACAGUAAUCUUUCAAAUAAAGUCUUAUGUUUGGCAAGUGGUUUCACAAGAACAAUUGGAAACUUGUUUCCAUUUUAAUUUUGUUCCUGAUGGAGGUCUAGAAGAAAAGGCAAAGAAUCUAAGGUUUAUUCCUUUCUCCCAAAUACUCUCAAUCCCUCCCUUUCCUCAUGCUUGCUAUUUCCCCCACAGAGUGCCUAGAACUUAAGAAUGAAAAAAAAAUUAAAACAGCAAUAUGUCACAAAUCCGGACCUGAAAAGGUAUAUAACAGCACUAAAAAAGGGAGACUUCUUUUAUUUCUUCAAUUUGUUUGUUUUAAUGGUCACAUGUGUGAAGAUACCCAAUGAUGAACAAUCAAAUUUUAGGAAAAAAUGUCCAAAAGACAGGGACUAGUGCACUGUACAGUCUGCUUCUCCUCUCCCUUCUCUCUUCUCUGCUCUCGCCGAAGUGUGCUUCAGAAUUAUACGCUGCUUUAAAAAGAAUACCCUUUUAUCAGUGGCUUUACAUUUCCUAAAAUGUUGUAAGAAAAUACAGUAUCUGGGUACUGUAUGGGGAAGAAAAUGUCUAAGUUUGCAUAAAACCAGUACAUUUCAGCUUGCAAGUUACUAAACAUAAUAAUGCUGUUUUAAUUUUCUUUUCUGUCACUUAAAAUUCACAAGAAAAUAAUGUAGAUAGAACAAAUUGUAGACAAGGAAAAAAAAAACUUGAAUGAAGUGGAUUUUACCGAAAGCUUUAUGAUGCUUUUUGAAUGCAUUAUUUAUUUUUUUGUGCCAUGCAUUUUUUUCUCACCAAAUGACCUUACCUGUAAUACAGUCUUGUUUGUCUGUUUACAACCAUGUAUUUAUUGUAAUGUACAUACUGUAAUGUUAAUUGUAAAUUAUCAGUUCUUAUUAAAACAUCAUCCCGAAUUGGGAUGGUGUUGAUAUAUUUGGAAACUCUUGGUGAGAGAAUGAAUGGUGUGUAUACAUACUCCUUGUACAUUUUCUUUUCUUCUAUAAAAUAGUCUUGUCACCUUAGAGCUUGUUUAUGGAAGAUUCAAGAAAACUAUAAAAUACAUAAAGGUAUAUAAAAUAUAAAAAACAUAGCUGCAGGUCUUUGGUCCCAGGGCUGUGCCUUAACUUUAACCAAUAUUUUCUUCUGUUUUGCUGCAUUUGAAAGUAAGGUAACAGUGGGGUUAGGGCUGGGCAUUUUACAUCUGAGCUUUGAAUCAGUUGGGUUUCUGGCAGCAGCUGGAUUGUACAGAACCAUGGUCAACCUCUAGAGCAUUCUGAGACUCUUGAGAGACAAGCCCUUAAAUGCUUUCUGCCACGAAGCACCAAAGCAUAUAUGAUGGUGUUUUUUCCAAUAAGAUACUAACUGAGCUGCUUCGGUUAGUUACAUUUGAUUUUUUUCUUUUUUUUUAAUUUUCAAACACUACUGGGGAAAUAUAUUCUUGUCCAAUAAUUAUUAAGUCUUUUUGACUUCUUGAGCACAUGGACAAAUGAACUUAAUUUGAAACUAGAGCCAUAGGCCAUGCAUGUUAGUACUUUAUUAUUUGGCUUCCUGACAUGUUAGGAAAACAGAAUAUGAAAAAGGUCAUUUUUUUAAACCAUGGAAUUUUUCUUCAACUAAGAUGAAUCAAAUUUCCUUAUGUAUGUAAAUUCAUACGUUAACACAAAGUUUUAUGUGACGCCAGUUCAUAUAGCAUAGUGGGGUCACCGUUCUCUAGAAUGUGUGUUUCUGCGAAACUUGCUUUAGAAUUUUAAAUUUUAACCUUGUGCAGAGGCCAGCUCCCGAAAGCUAUGAAAAAUUCCCAGUGGCUGAUGUGGAAACCUCUUUCCACUGCUGCCCAGCCCUCAGGAUGUGCAACUUAGUGAAAGGAGAGAAUCUUUUUCUAGAAAAAAUGAGCCUCCUUUUAUUUUAUUUCAUUUUCUUUUUUGACACAAACUGUAGAUUUUAGCAGCCCUGGCCCAAAGGAAUUUGAUUACUUUUGUUUUAAACAGUACAAUGGGGACACUAUAAUUACAAAAAAGAAAAAAAUCCUUACUGAUUUUAGUUGUUUUAAAUUUGAUUUCUUUGGAUAUGUUUUCAGAGUGGUCAAUUGUGUGUGAGCAUUACAAAUGAUGAUUCUUUUAGUGGUUUCUUAGCCUCUCUUACAGCCCAUGGGGAUAGUACUGUACAUCAAUACCUUCAUAUGAAAUUUUUAUAUGCAAUGGAAAUAAAAGCAUGGGUUGAUUCUGCCUA